AUGGAGACCCGGACCCUGCCCCUCUCCUCCUUGCUUGGAGACCCCCAGCUUGUCUUCGGAUUUUUCUGUGUAGCCCUGUGCUGGGGGCUAUCCCAGACAGGUUCCUUUUCCCAGCCUCCUCUCAAGGGGGCUCUGUUCGCACUCCUCGUUGGCUACCCUCAAACCUCCUGGUCUUGUUUGUUCCGGACAGUUGGUCUCCGCGUUGCCGCCGAGGGUGCCGGGGCAGCCCACUGGGGCCCUCGGUGCUCUUCUCUCUCUGCUCAGAUGCAGCGAAAUGUACAUCUGUGGGGUUGCGUAAGCCAGAGCUAGGGGUCGGGCCGGUACCUCCUGGAUCCAAUCCUUUGGCCUGUCUCUGGUAACUGUCUAGCCAUCCCACUAAGUAAAGGCUCACUUUCUAACCCAGAGCAGAAGAGAAAGAUAAAGCGCAAAGCCAGACUGAAAACUAAAAGGGAUGUGCUGAUUAUUUUAAAAUUCUCUGUUCUGCCUGCCAAACCCACAUUUGUAGAGCCUGUGUUUGCAGAUGAAGGAAGAAUCACUAUUCCAGAACAUGAAAGCUUCAAAUGUGGUAUUUUUCUCAAGAGAAUGUAUCUUCCCAAGAUAGUAUAUCUUCGCGAGAGAACAAGUCAUUACGUUUUCAUUUCUCACAAUUGGGCUGAGCACAACUGAACCAUGGGGGAACACAGUCCAGACAACAACAUCAUCUACUUUGAGGCAGAGGAAGAUGAGCUGACCCCCGAUGAUAAAAUGCUCAGGUUUGUGGAUAAAAACGGACUGGUGCCUUCCUCAUCUGGAACUGUUUAUGAUAGGACCACUGUUCUUAUUGAGCAGGACCCUGGCACUUUGGAGGAUGAAGAUGACGACGGACAGUGCGGAGAACACUUGCCUUUUCUAGUAGGGGGUGAAGAGGGCUUUCACCUGAUAGAUCAUGAAGCAAUGUCCCAGGGUUAUGUGCAGCACAUUAUCUCACCAGAUCAGAUUCAUUUGACAAUAAACCCUGGUUCCACACCCAUGCCAAGAAAUAUUGAAGGUGCAACCCUCACUCUGCAGUCGGAAUGUCCGGAAACAAAACGUAAAGAAGUAAAGCGGUACCAAUGUACCUUUGAGGGCUGUCCCCGCACCUACAGCACAGCAGGCAACCUGCGAACCCACCAGAAGACUCACCGAGGAGAGUACACCUUUGUCUGUAAUCAAGAGGGCUGUGGCAAAGCCUUCCUUACCUCUUACAGCCUCAGGAUCCACGUGCGAGUGCACACGAAGGAGAAGCCAUUUGAGUGUGACGUGCAGGGCUGUGAGAAGGCAUUCAACACACUGUACAGGCUGAAAGCACAUCAGAGGCUUCACACAGGGAAAACGUUUAACUGUGAAUCUGAAGGCUGCAGCAAAUACUUCACCACACUCAGUGAUCUGAGGAAGCACAUUCGAACUCAUACAGGGGAAAAGCCAUUUCGGUGCGAUCACGAUGGCUGUGGAAAAGCAUUUGCAGCAAGCCACCACCUUAAAACUCACGUUCGUACACAUACUGGUGAAAGACCCUUCUUCUGCCCCAGUAAUGGCUGUGAGAAAACAUUCAGCACUCAAUACAGUCUCAAAAGUCACAUGAAAGGUCAUGAUAACAAAGGACACUCAUACAAUGCACUUCCACAACACAAUGGAUCAGAGGAUACAAAUCACUCACUUUGUCUAAGUGACUUGAGCCUUCUGUCCACAGAUUCUGAAUUGCGAGAAAAUUCCAGUACGACCCAGGGCCAGGACCUCAGCACAAUUUCACCAGCAAUCAUCUUUGAAUCAAUGUUCCAGAAUUCAGAUGAUACGGCAAUUCAGGAAGAUCCUCAACAGACAGCUUCCUUGAUUGAAAGUUUUAAUGGUGAUGCAGAGUCAGUCAGUGAUGUUCCGCCAUCCACAGGAAAUUCAGCAUCUUUAUCUCUUCCACUUGUACUGCAGCCUGGCCUCUCCGAGCCACCCCAGCCUCUACUACCUGCCUCAGCUCCGUCUGCUCCUCCGCCUGCUCCCUCCCUAGGACCUGGCUCCCAGCAAGCUGCAUUUGGCAACCCCCCUGCUCUCUUACAACCUCCAGAAGUGCCUGUUCCCCACAGCACACAGUUUGCUGCUAAUCAUCAAGAGUUUCUUCCGCACCCCCAGGCACCGCAGCCCAUCGUACCAGGACUUUCUGUUGUUGCUGGGGCUUCUGCAUCAGCAGCGGCAGUGGCAUCAGCUGUGGCAGCACCAGCCCCACCACAAAGUACUACUGAGCCCCUGCCAGCCAUGGUCCAGACUCUGCCCCUGGGUGCCAACUCUGUCCUAACUAAUAAUCCCACAAUAACCAUCACCCCAACUCCCAACACAGCUAUCCUGCAGUCCAGCCUAGUCAUGGGAGAACAGAACUUACAAUGGAUAUUAAAUGGUGCCACCAGUUCUCCACAAAACCAAGAACAAAUUCAGCAAGCAUCUAAAGUUGAGAAGGUGUUUUUUACCACUGCAGUACCAGUAGCCAGUAGCCCAGGGAGCUCUGUCCAGCAGAUUGGCCUCAGUGUUCCUGUGAUCAUCAUCAAACAAGAAGAGGCAUGUCAGUGUCAGUGUGCAUGCCGGGACUCUGCAAAGGAGCGGGCAUCCAGCAGGAGAAAGGGCUGCUCCUCCCCACCCCCUCCAGAGCCGAGCCCCCAGGCUCCUGAUGGGCCCAGCCUGCAGCUCCCAGCGCAGACUUUUUCUUCAGCCCCUGUUCCCGGGUCAUCAUCCUCUACCAUGCCCUCCUCCUGUGAGCAAAGCCGACAAGCAGAGACUCCUUCAGACCCUCAGACAGAAACAUUAAGUGCCAUGGAUGUGUCAGAGUUUCUAUCCCUCCAGAGCCUGGACACCCCGUCCAAUCUGAUUCCCAUUGAAGCACUACUGCAGGGGGAGGAGGAGAUGGGCCUCACCAGCAGCUUCUCCAAGUGAAGGGCCCAUGUGUGCUCACCUCUGGGAAAAGUGGGUGAGCAGGAGGCAUGAGGUACAAUGCCUGCCAUCAUGGGUCAGAAAUUUGAAGGAUGAAGAAAUCUACUGUUUGAAAUCCUCACCUUUCAGACGUAUUUUCUUUAUUCACAUCCCAGGAGCAUCCAUUUUAAGGAACUAUUCUUUGGAAAAAAACAAAAAACAAAAAAACAACAAAAAAAGCUAAGUUAUAAGUGAACUGUUUGGCUGCACUGUAUGUCACUUUUGCUUGUUGUCAUGUGAACUUGGAAACUAAGGUUACUCGUGUGCAUAAAAAUUCUAAAUGAAAGGGUGUGGUUUCCAUCAAUCUGAUGCUGCCCAUCGCUUGCACUGGGGUCUUUGUGGAUCGGGCAGGAGAGUUCAGUGUGUUGGGUGUUGCUCCUUCCUAUGUGUCUUUUGAAUCUGAGGCUGACAUUUGCUUGGAAGGCCAGACCCUUGCUCCAUCAGAGAGGGCAGUGGCAAAGGCCAGUGAGGCAGCUGUGAGUUGGACAGGGUUCAGGUGAGAUGGUGUUGUCAUUUGUGCUUAGUGUUGGUGGUGCUCAGGGUGGAUAACACGGGUCGUUCUGCAGCCCGCUUCAGCACAAAUAGGCAGCUUAAGGCCUGGCUCACAGGCUGUGGGGUUGAUCUGGCUCUGCAGAGGCCCUAGGCAGCUUGUUGACUGCUGUCUGUUGAUGACGUGUGUGCAAAGCAGGCUCUAGCAACAUGAUCACUGUCUUUGCCUUCCUGGUUCUUUCUCUCGGUUGGUUGCCAGGGCUUGCAGAUCGCAGUGAAUUUUCCUUGGGGAACAUCGCUGUUUUGUCCUAGAGUGAACUUGUGGCUUAUGGCCAGUGCUGUUUGGUGGUCUGCCUUCUUUUUAAUGGUAUUUUCUUCCUCAGAGCAGAAGGGCUGCAUUUUGCUUAUCAGAAGAAGGUGCAGAUUUAAGGGAAUUCAUAUGAGGUGGCAUGUAAUUGGCAGGCCAGGUGUCCUGGUUCCAGGUUCCAGCCAGGCUUUGGGUUGCCCUCUCCAUCUCUGCCCCCCUCUGGAUUUUGCAUACAGCCUCAUACAGUGCAAACAAGGAUGUGACUUGCUCAGCUUAGUCAUGUGAUUUAUUUAAAAAAAAAAAAAAAGAAACACAAAA